AGGAGGAAGAGGAGCUGAGGGAAAUGAAGAGCGGGAUCCGGUGUCUGAACAUUGAGCUUUCGGGGACAGGUUGAGGGUUAAAUGAUCAGUGUGAGUUUGACUUUUGCGGUGAAGAUGCUCGUCCGUGGGUGGCUUCUUGGCGUAUUCUGCUUUCACACCUGUGCCGGGCACUCGCAGCAGUGUAAGUUCCACAGCGUAUGUCUAAUGGAGCCAGAACUGCUGGACGGGAGCUUAAAGAACCCGUUCAAAGAGCAUAUUCGUCACAGCCUGGGAGAACAGGACACACCUCACAGAAACAGGGCACACCGAAGAAAAGGUAGCAGAGUCCGGACCGAGGAGACAGAACCACGUAUAGUCCACCACCCCUCUGAUGUGGUGGUGAAGCUGGGCAGCCCUGCCACUCUGUCCUGCCGCGUGGACGGCAGCCCCAAGCCGACCAUCGAGUGGCUGCGGAACGGUCAGCCCCUGGGGACAGACAAGGGGGACGGCCGGGCGGUCCCCAUGGUUCUGUCCGAGGGGAGCCUGUUCUUUCUAAAUGUGGGAGGGGGCAGACGUGGCCAGACCCACGAGGGUGUCUACGCCUGCGUCGCCACUAACAGCGCUGGCAAGGCAACCAGCCGCAAUGCCUCGCUGUAUAUUGCAGUUCUGAAGGAGGAGUUCAGCGUCCAGCCCAGCGACGCCGAGGUGGCAGAGGGGGAGGUGGCAGUCUUAAACUGUGGUCCGCCGCUGGGACAUCCAGAACCUAAUGUCAUCUGGAAGAAGGACGGCGUUCCCAUCAGCAACACGGACCACCACUACACUAAGCUGAGCGGGAAGCUGAUCAUCGCGCCUGCAGAGAAGAGCCACUCCGGCUCCUACGUGUGUGUGGCCUGGAACAUCAUGGGAGAGAGGCAGAGCAGGGCGGCUCGACUCUCUGUGCUGGGUAAGCCUGUGUUGGUGCUGAAGCCAGAAAACGUUUCGGUAAAGACGGGAGAGUCUGCCCAUUUCUACUGCCAGGCUAGAGGGGACCCUCCUCCUACGGUGGCCUGGAGCCGAGAGCGGGGGCCGCUUCCAAACGGCAGGUAUCUCAUAAACCCGGACCAGACUCUGCAGCUCCAUUAUGUGACGGUGCAGGAUGCUGGGAGCUACACCUGCACUGCUGCGAAUCAUGUCGGCGUCGUCACUGCGGUUGCACAACUUCAAGUUGAAGAGGCUCCCAGCACUGAACAGAAAGACUUCCACAGAGAGCUGUCAGCCUUACGAGUGACCCUGGAGAAUGUCACCAUCAUCGCCUCGGAGUCCAACGUUUCCCUCGUCCAAUGGAAGCUUCAGUCCCUUCCAGCUCAGCCGCACUACCUCGACGGCUUUGAGGUUCUGUAUCGCCCCCUGCUGCCUGUCAGCUCAGACUGGGCAGCACUGAGGGUCUCGCUGCCGGGCUUCCAGGCUCAGGUCGGCCCCUUGAAGAGGGGCUACAAGUACGAGUUCAAGGUUCGUCCUUAUGGGAGCAGCCUGUAUGGAAGGGAGAGCAACACUCGGCAUCUCCGAGUCCCUGAGAGAGCGCCCAGUGCGCCCCCUCUGGCCGUGUCCAUAACGGUGAACCACGAGCAGAACAACACCGUCCAUCUGAGUUGGGAGCCUCCUCCUCCCGACAGCCACAACGGCGUCGUCCAGGGCUACCAGGUUUGGUGUGUGGAGUCUGACGAGCAGCAGUACCACAACUGGACAGUGGACAGCGGCCAACACAGCCUGGAUAUCUCCACACUGGAACCAGGGAAGCAGUACUGGGUAACCAUGGCAGCAGUGAACGGUGCUGGAGUGGGAACGCUCAGCGAUCCUCAUGGAUUUGUCAUCAAGCCACAGCUAGGGGGCGCCUCAGACCCAGACAGCCACAACAAGGAUGCGUUUCCCGUGCUGGCCUUCCUCCAGGACCCAGUGCUGAUUGGCAGCGUUGGCGCCCUCUUGUGGUGUCUUCUGAUGAUUGCAGCUGUUUCCCUGUUCAGACGCCACAACAGCGCUGGUCAGCUUUCACCUCACCACAGCAAGGCUAAAGGUCUGCACAGAUUGGCCAGUGAAGAUCUCAUCAUCAAACACAGGAUGGCCGCUCCAGAUUCUCCGUGGAUGUCCGGUGGCUGGAGACCGCCCUUCAACCAGAAAUACCAGGACUUGUGGGCCCAAGGUCACAGACAUCCUGGGAUCAGGAGCACCAGUCUUCCAGUCUCGUCCAAGCAGGACGGCAGGAUCGUGGACUCAGCUGUUCCCAUGGUGACCGACAGCUGUGGCGUCUACGGAACGUUUUAUGUGGACCUGAAGGGCAGCAGCCUGAAGACCUUCAGCAGUCCUGGACGCUGCCCUAAAGCAGCUCACGCCUUGCCUCACCAGCAGGGGGCGGAGACGAUCCAGAUCUUCACCCAGCCUGACUCCAAGUCGUCGUCCCUCAGCAGCCAGGAGGCUCUGCCCUGGAAACAGGCCAUACGUCCUCAGCCAAAGAUGGGGGUGCUGAGGGAAUCAUGGGAGAAAAAACCCCACGGGAAGCCAGAGCUGCAUGCAGUGAACAGCGUACCGGUCCUGUCACCCAGAACCCAGAACGGUCCCUCCAGAGCCUGCAAGCAGAGACUCAGCCAUGUACCAGCAGGGCGCCACGGUGGAGCUUCUCAGGGCGGGGAAGGAGCUGCUGGUUCUCGCUUGCUUCAUUACUCUGCCUCUCUGCACUUAGUGGACCUGCUGCCCCCCCCACCGCUGAUGGCUGCAGACAGAAACACCCUGUCCUCAGACGAGGGUUCCAGUCAUUCCACAAAGCUGACAGAGGACCUGGGCUCCAUCCCAUCAAUUAGUCCUCCAUCAAGUUACCAUGGACAAGCAGGACCCAACAAGCACAGCGGCGCCCCUUACAGCCACCUGUCUGCUUCAUCCUACUCCACGUUAAUGGAGGCUGAUCAGAGUCCUUCCCUGACGGCGCAGGAAGCCACUGAGUACCUGGAGCUCACUCCUAACCCUGAGAGAUACAGCAGCGUUCUCCCUGAGCAGCGUCCCUCCCUGCCCCACAGCUUCACCUCCACCCUGGGGAGCAUCUGUGGGCCGGUCGGCUCGGCCGAGUCGGAGGAUGGCGCGGCCGCAGGAGCCCAGCCGUUGCCGGCGGCGCUGUGUCAUUCUGGCUUUCACAGCUCGCCGUCCUCCUGCUACAGUGACUGGGACAGCUCCCUGUGGAACACCUGGAGCUCGGCCAUGGACAGCAACAUGGACAGCAACCGGACCAGCCUCAUCAGCUCGGUGGACAGCUGCUACACUAACGACAGCGCCACAUUCGCUCGCCUGCUGGCCGCGGCCGCAGAGACCAUGAGUGCAGCCUCGCUGACGGACUUCUCGCCGCCGGCCUCCCCCCUCAGCGCCUUGUACCCGUCGUUCUGCUCAGACGGCGAUGCCUUCAGGGAGCUGGAGCCCAUCCCCGCGUGGGACUGGAGCAUGGCCUGGGUGGAGGAGAUGGCCGCGCAGUACGGAGCUCACUAUCCCAGCAGAAACACGAAGCCGUUCAACACUUAGAAGUUUUGCUGUGACCGUGUCAGUGAGGACAGAGGGAAAACUCUCUUUCCUCCAGAACAACGCAGAGCAGAUUGACCUGACGCUGCAGGUGGAGCGUUUCACCAGCCGGGUUCUGAAGCUUCAUUAGAAGCAUUUCACUGACACUUCCACUGGAGAUGCAAGCCUCAUGCUGCUUGUAAUAGUUUUUCUUUUUUUCUUUCUUUUUUUUUUUUUACCUCAAGGCACUUCAGCUACUACUUUGAAUCUCUGAAAUGACUUUCAUGGUGCUGUGGAAGUUUUUUUUUAUUAUUAUUCAAAUUGUUUCCCUGAAAAGGAGCAUAAUGAGACAUUUCCCUGGGGAGGUUCUCACCCCGGGUGUUCUCAAACGUCCGGAGAGAUGCGGCGGAGACAGUGGAGCGAGAGAGUCUUAGAAAAAUGCACUUCUUGUUUUCAUGUGGGUCUUUGCAGGAUUUCAUUAAGACUGCGGUUCGAAUCCAUUAUAGUAUUAUGGUUUUGUUGUGAUUAAAUGAAAUGCAACGUAUUCAUGAAAAGGCUAUUUAAAGAAUUUUGAACGUGUUCCUAACCGUUGUCUUUUCUUCUGUCUUUGGCACUUCUCUGUAUGCUGAUGACUUGGAACGUCCUGAUUGCACAGUAGGCAUUGGCAGAUACCCAGUCAUAUUGAACAGCCUCAUCAAAAUAAAUGCUAUGUAUAUGAUUGAGAGUUUGAUCAGAAAGAAAAAAACACCAUAAAUGUUAUCAGAAUCCCUCAUAUUUAGUAACUAUUGACAAUCUGGACGCUGUCACUCACCUCUUUGUUUCCCCUCAGUCAUUUACUCUGUUUGAUCAGCAUGCUGCUCCAACACAAGUUAACUGGUAAUAAAUCAGACUAUGUAGCUUAAAACAGGCAGUUCUGACAUUUGUUUCUGAACUUCGUUUUGUUUCCACUAACCCAGCCAGGACCACUUUUUCUGCAAUGCUAGGCUAACAUUAGCUGCGUGCUGACUCUUUGUUUUGAUACGACUCAUUGAUAACUUGGAUUGCUGGUCCAGCUCAUUGUGUGUGUAGACAGAAUGUGCAGAAAAAGCUGUUCUGCUCCAUGAAAUCCAGUGACACAUAUUUAAGAUGCGGUAAGGGCAGCUCCCCGUGCUACAACCUGUGUCUGAGCACAGCGGACAGAGUUAAAUCACACGACACACACACACACACACACACACACACACACACACACACACACACACACACACACACACACACACACGCACAGGAAGCCUCCGACAGGCCACUUCAGCCUCUCUAUUACACACUCUCUGAAUGUCAGAGUAAAAAGUGGAAAGGACUUAGAUCCUAAGUAGAACAUUCUGAUUUAUUCAACAAAAGAAUGGGGUAGAAACUGUCUUACAGUUUUGCAAGCCCUGUAAAAGAAAAUAAGCUGUGAUUGUAAAACAUAAAUGGACUCCAGGGUCUGUGUGGAGUUGUGUCUGACAUGUUCACAGACUGUAGACCAACAGCAGGCAUCAGGUGCUGAGGUUUUUGUCAAACACUCCACAAACAAAACGCUGUGAUCUGGAUGCCAGAACUGAAUUGCAAAGUCUCUUCUGGUAAAUACACAUUUUUUUAAAUGAUUUUAUAAAGUUUACAUUAUUCUAAAGUGCACAUUUGCCUUAUUAGAGAUAUAAGCAUUUAAAGUGUAAUAAAGAUUUUAACUUUAAAUAACUGCAAUUGGGAGUAUUUUGUGUAUUUAGAAGCAGAUCUAUUUGAAGCUCAGCCUUUGCUCUCAGACAGAUGCAUUUUUACUAAUAGCAGCAAACUUUAGCAUUUAAGAAAAAAAAAUCCACUUUGUAUUUUGUACAUCUUGAAAUAAAAUGUGAUUUGUAAUAUGAAAUAAAAAAAGUAUAUUUUAUUCUGAGAUGAGGUUUGUUCACUUGAUUACACUUAAGUUGUUCUGUAACGAAACAAAGGACUGAAUAUUAACUAAUAUUUUUUUUCAUUUGGCCUCUUUAUUUACAUACUUAAUUAAUUGAUCUUAUGCCAAUCUGUGUCAAUCUGUACUGUUCUUGAA